AUGAAGCAUCUGAAGCUGUUCUGCGUUGGACUGUCCUUGUGCCUUCUAUUUUGUCUCUUCUUAGAGACAACUACUCCUCCAUCAGCUUUACUUACCUUUGAAGUGAAAGAAAAAGCAGGUUUGAAAUCAGGUGCAGUGAGUAUAUUUGCCAUUAGGAUGAAUGCUCUUGACUUCAAAAGCCAAAAGACUCAAGUCUCAGGACCCCAGAGCUCUCAGAUGACCAAGUUAAAAAAUCACCUAUCAGAUGUCUUCAAGAGCUCCAUACCUCCAGCAGCCAUGUUUGCUUUUUUUGUCACCGUAGCACUAAUGGGAAUCCUCUGCUGCCUCACAGUAUGUUUCUUAAUGGUUGCUGCAGAGGCAGCCAUAGAGAUUCUUGGAGAGCCUCCUAGACAAUGGACAAUUGAUCAGAGAAGUCCUCCUGGAGUGCAGAAUAUCAGCCUAAUUCCAACAUUCUUACUCCCUUUGUCUCUCAUUGACCCCCUUUCAAAAUGGCAAUGUUUCUAA